AUGCCUACCAUCCGCUCCUGCUCAUCGUUAGCUUCACCCAAUAGCUUGCCCAGUUCGUUUUUAGCCUCAAUCGCGACUUUGCUCAAAGUCUGUAAAACCCAAUACCAUCUACAACAAGUUCAUGCGCAGAUUAUACAGAAGGGUUUAGAGCAAGACUGCUUUCUCAUAACCCAGUUCAUUUGCCUCUUUGUUCGGAUGAAGAGAGAGGAGGGUGUUCCCGAUAGGUAUACGUACCCAUCUCUCGUUAAGGCCUGCGCGAGUGAGGCGAAGGUCUGGGAAGGCAGGGCAAUACAUGGGUCUGCUGUGAGGGGUGGGGUUGUGGAGGCUUGCCAUUCACUUGGGGUUAUGCAUAGAGAUCUAAAGCCUGAGAAUUUCUUGUUUGAUAGUGAGGAGGAAGAUGCUGCUCUUAAAGCCACAGACUUUGGCCUCUCUGUUUUCUGCAGUGCUUUCUAG